AACUAACACCAACACAACCACAACCCAACCCAAAACUUGGAUUGGAUGGUCUUUGGCUCUGGCCUUGCACUUAAAGAAACAAAAAGCUAUAUGAGCAAUCAUUGUGAAGAGGAUGAGGUACAGCAGUGCGUAGGUUAUUAAAACACACCCUCGUCCCCCCAUUUCUUUUCAAAAUUCAAACUCAUUCACUUUCCAAAACAUCGCCCAAGUCUUCUUCCCCUCUUUCCUCCCAUCUCUGUGGCCUCUCUCUUUUUCUUUUGUUUUUUUGUCUUUUGAUGCUCCUAACUAGUUCAAAGGUACGAGAGAGGGAGACUUGUUUGGAGCUGCUUUGAAUGGAGCAGACGAACGGAGGAAUCUUUGCUAGGUGAAAGAUUUUAAGCUCAGGGCGGGGCUGAAGAGGAGGAGGAGGUAGUGGAGGUGGUGGUGGUGGAGGAUCUGAAAAUGAGUACGGCGAGAUUCAUCAAGUGCGUGACAGUGGGUGACGGAGCAGUGGGGAAGACAUGCCUGCUCAUCUCCUACACAAGCAACACUUUCCCCACGGAUUACGUUCCGACAGUGUUUGACAACUUCAGCGCCAAUGUUGUGGUGGACGGUAGUACUGUGAACCUUGGAUUGUGGGAUACUGCAGGGCAAGAGGAUUACAAUAGGUUAAGGCCUCUAAGUUACAGAGGUGCUGAUGUGUUUUUAUUAGCCUUCUCUCUUAUCAGCAAGGCUAGCUAUGAGAACGUCUCCAAGAAGUGGAUCCCAGAGCUGAGACACUAUGCUCCCACAGUGCCAAUUGUUCUGGUUGGGACCAAGCUUGAUUUACGAGAAGACAAGCAGUUUUUGAUUGACCACCCUGGUGCAACACCAAUCACAACUGCUCAGGGAGAGGAAUUGAAGAAGGCAAUUGGUGCAGCAGUUUAUAUCGAAUGCAGCUCCAAGACCCAACAGAAUGUGAAGACCGUGUUUGAUGCUGCAAUCAAGGUUGUUUUGCGCCCUCCGAAACCAAAGAAGAAACGCCACAAGCCAAAACCAUGCGUGUUCCUCUAGAUAAAUUCCAUAACGUCGGUCCUCCCUCUACUUGUUUCUCUUCUUUUAUGUCUCUCCAGGGACUGCAAGAACACUAGAAGGAAUGUUAGAUAUCUUGAAGUCUUCUGUUGCUAAGACUUCUAAGCAUUUGCAGUAUUAAUAUUCUGUUCUUGUUCUUCUCAGUGAACAUAUAUCUUAAGGAAAUUUGCUCAUUUCUUGAAGAAUAUUAUAUAUGGUCUCAUGACUAUCGCAUUACUGAAACAAAAUGUCAUUCUAGAGGUGAUAGAAUCUUUGAUGGUUA